GUCGGUCGAGCGCAGUCAGGUUGUGCUUUGUCGGUGUGAGUGAGAGAGAACACUAACGUUGUCUGAACUAAAGAAAAAAAAUAUACAUAAACCGUGUGGGAAAACUAACAAAUCACAUCUUCCUGCUUUCUUUUCUUCUUUUAAUUCCGUGCGUGUCUUGCGGACAGGCUUCUUCUGUGCACGGAGUCAGCUUUCAGCUUGAACUCAGCAGGAAAAUCGAAGGCAGUGUUUGCAUGCAGAAUGGACCGGUUUCCUUGAGCUCGGGUGUUGUUCCAGUGCUGCGCGACACAAAGCCAGUGUUUCUCUGAGCACUGCAAUUUAAAGUCCUGCACAGAGGAGCAGCAGUGUGGCUCUCUUCAGCACAUCAGCCUGUUAGAGGAAACGGAGGUGAUGAAGUUGCAGCGGUGAGGGGACAGGAUGCCAGCUGGCACUGCUGUGUGGAUGAAGGGGAUCGUUUUGAUCAUACUGGCAGUCGUGCAUAGAAAAAGAUAUAUACUGAGGAAUAUCACGACUUCCUGGAGGGAUCCAGUGUUUUAUCUGACGCAGUCCUCAUGUGCCUGACACCCUGCAGUAUCAUUGGUUGAGCACUGAGGGUCCUGGCUAACCACCAUUGAAGCUCCUCCCUGUCUUUGGGGUUGUUGCACCUCAUCCCUUGCCCCCGCUACCCCAUCUCUGAAUCAUCAUCUCCAUCUUCAGUGCAGACGUUCCUUUGCUGAGAUCAUAGAGAGACAAACACCUCAUCUCUCGGCUGGAUUUUGCUGCCACCCAGGCAUCGACAGUGGAAGGAAGUCCACUUAGGGUCAUGCUGUGGGUCUGAGCGCUGUAGUUGGUGCUGAAAUGCGGUUGGUUUUGGGGUUGCGGCCCCUCCUGGCCCUGACCCUUAGCCUCACUGGCCUGUUAAUGCUGUCCGAUGUUGCCACGCCCUUUCCCCAGGAUCUGGAGCCAAUCAGCAUAGUCGGGAGUGAGUACUCCUACCUGUACCCUGGUUUCCAGGGUAACAUGUCAGAUAAUGACACGGCGAGGCUUGGUCUGGACUUCCAGAGAAUGUUGCGCAUAAACCACAUGCUAUACAUCGCUGCCAGGGAUCACGUGUUUGUCGUCAAUCUUAGUGCUUCGACUGAGCAAAUCUUCCCUCAGCAGAAACUGACGUGGAAGACAAAGGAUGUAGAGAAAUGCACAGUGAGGGGCAAGAACAGCGACGAGUGCUACAAUUAUAUCAAAGUGCUGGUGCCUCGUAAUGAUGAAACACUGUUUGCAUGUGGGACCAACGCGUUCAACCCCACCUGUCGUAACUACAAGAUGGCCACUCUGGAGCAGGUUGGAGAGGAGGUGGUUGGUCAGGCGAGGUGCCCUUUUGAAUCGCGCCAAUCCAACGUUGGCCUGUUCGCUGGUGGUGAUUUUUACUCUGCAACAAUGACAGACUUUUUAGCUAGUGAUGCCGUGAUCUACCGAAGUUUGGGGGAAAGUAGUCCAGUCCUGCGAACCGUGAAGUACGACUCGAAAUGGCUGCGAGAGCCUCAUUUUCUUCAUGCCAUCGAGUAUGGGAACUACGUGUACUUCUUCUUCAGUGAGAUUGCAGUGGAGUACACUACUCUUGGCAAGGUGGUGUUUUCCAGAGUGGGUCGAGUGUGUAAGAAUGAUAAUGGAGGUUCUCCAAGGGUUCUAGAGCGGUACUGGACGUCGUUCCUGAAAGCUCGGCUGAACUGUUCUGUUCCGGGUGAUUCGUUCUUCUACUUUGAUGUUCUGCAAUCCUUAACAAAUGUGAUGCAGAUUAACCACAGACCUGCUGUGCUGGGAGUUUUCACCACACAGGCCAACAGUAUCACUGGCUCUGCCGUCUGUGCCUUCUACAUGGAUGACAUCGAGCGAGUGUUUAAUGGCAAGUUUAAAGAACAGAAGACCAGCGAGUCGGCCUGGACCCCCGUACCUGAUGAGCAAGUGCCCAAACCCAGGCCAGGUUCCUGUGCAGGAGAUGGUUCUGCAGCAGUGUACAAAUCCUCCACUUCUUUCCCUGAUGAGACUCUCACUUUCAUCAAGUCCUAUCCACUCAUGGAUGAGGCUGUACCAUCAGUGAACGGGCGUCCAUGCUUCAUGAGAACUACAAGCAGAUUUAAAUUGACCCAGAUAGCCGUGGACACGGCCGCUGGGCCUUACAAGAACCACACGGUCCUGUUCCUGGGCUCGGAAAAUGGGCACGUUCAGAAGAUCCUUGCUAGCAUGCACCCGAACUCCACCUACAGCAGCCAACUCCUGGAGGACAUCGAUGUGUACAACCCAAACAAAUGCAAUGUACGUGGGGAAGACCGGAGGAUUCUGGGACUGGAGCUGGAUAAAGACCAUCACUCCCUGUUUGUGGCCUUCUCUAGCUGUGUGGUACGUGUGCCUCUGAGCCGGUGUGCUGACUACGGAACCUGCAAGACGAGCUGUUUGUCCUCACGUGACCCUUACUGUAUCUGGCUGAAGACGGGGAGUUGUGCCACUGUGGCGCCAGGACUAAAAUCAGGAUUUGAGCAGGAUGUUGAGAAUGGCUACUCGCAGUAUCCUGAAAGCUGUCAUGAUGUCUUGGCAACCACACGAAAGCAGAACCCUGCACUGGAUUCAGCAUAUGGAAAGACCUCACCCACAAGCGCCAGCCCAACCAUUCAGGGACCAGCUCUGCCUAAAGGGCCAAGUGUCUCUGAGAAAGGUACCCACCCUGCGGAGGGGGAGCGGGGAGGGCGGGGCUCCCCUGGCUUGGAGCCAAUCAGUGUGGAGAUGGAGGGAGUCCGUCGUCCUCCUGAAGCUGACAAGUCCAACCACAGUGUUCAUUACACUCUGCUAAUAGCUUGUGUGCUUGUGGCGUUCGUCUUGGGGGCCUUCCUCUCUGGCUUCCUCGUCUCCUGUUACUGCAACUACAAUGUAAAUAAAACUAAGAGACUGGCCAAGGACCCAGAGGCUCCCAUCCCUCAUGCUCUAUCGCUGCGUAGUCUAGCCAAGCUGAAUGGCCUUCUGGAAAACCAGGGCAAGGACGAGAAGCUGGAGGUAUCGUCUCCAAAGCUCUAUAACUCCUUCUUCCAAAAUGGGAAGGAUCAUUCAGGGCGAAGACAUGGCCACCAUGGUGUCAUGGCAGAUCUGAUCCAUCCUCAUCAUCACCACUCCUCAGAGCUGUCUGGCCUUCCCACACCUGAUUCAACGCCAGAACUGCCAAUCAAGAGCAUGAAGGCCUUCAAGAACCAAUGGGAGAAGAAUCAGAACUGUAACAAUGCCAAAGAGCCCAAGUCACACAAUGUGGCUGGGUCCAGGCCCAGCUCUGGAAUUCCUCAGCAGGUCUUUCCAUUCACCCAUGGUCUGGCUAGCCGACAAUCUCUGGGUGGGGGUGUACACCUGGAAGAGCGCAAGAUACACAACGCAGAGCGCAUCCCAAGUCAGCCACAGCACUGCUACCCGCACAAGAUAGUGGAUGUGACCUCGCUCGAUGAGCUCCUCAAGCACAUCCAUGAGAUUAAUGUUGCGACUGGGAAGAGCCCCACUGUGCUUACCUCAUCCAUGUCAGCUAACUCGGGCCAGAUGGCAUUUGCCAACCGCAUGCAGCCACAAAUCCCUGAAACAGAGUCAGCUCCCUACUACAGUUCCUCCACACUGCCCAGAGACAGCCUGACACGUCGCAUGGAUGUGCCACCAGACAUGCCUUCUCAGCACCAGUCCACACUAGAGCGGGUUUCGCGCCAUGCCUCCCAGCGUCACUCUCUCAUGUCAUCCGGAGGAGCUGUUUGCCGAGAGCCAAGCUUUAGCCGUCGCUCGCACCAUCCUCCACUUCUCGCCCGGGUCAACUCCACCGGCGGCUGCGAUGCACGUCACCCACUCAUACCCAAUGGCUACCUGACGCGCCAGCACAGCUACAGUGAGCAGCCCGAGCUCCAGCGUGGAGCUGUGGUCCGUCGCGCAGCCUCAUUGAAACCCGAUGUCCCUCCCAAACCACUCUUCAUACCUGCCACCUCACCUGUAAAUCAGGCUGGGAAGUUCAACUACUGAGCUCCCAUGGACUUCUCAGUUGCACUCCAGAGUGUGUAGACUAACAAAUCUACACUUGUUCAUAGAGCAAGACUAGACUCCAGUCUCGGUUGCUUAUUUCUGUCUAUGGGCAGCUUUCGAGUUAAUGCUGCACCACCACUGAGAAUUGGAUUCGGUCAAGAGGAAAAAAACAAAAAACUGCAGCAGGACUGAUGAUGGCUGCCAGCGUUGUCAACUUCACAUUUGAACUUGACUCUUUUUCUUUCUUUGUGCCUCAUGAAUAUUUGUACCAUAUUGGUAUUGCUCAGCUAUUUGCUUAUAGAAGGUGAGGAUGUAGAAGAGAAUGGAACAGUUGCCCAUCUUGUUCUAGGCUGCCACUGUGUUGAGUAUUGCUUUUCAGUGUUCUCCUGAAUUCUUGGUUAUGGUAUUACUAAUGUUAAGGCUGAGACUAACCUAGGCUUGAGCCUUAUCCUGAUUCUGAGCUCUCCUGCAUUGAACUAUUUUGUUGAUGUAGACUCGAUGGACUGUAUCAAUCCCACUUCUAAACGUGUAUAUAUAUGCAUGUGUGUGUGUAUAUAUAUGUGUUUAUAUUUACACAGUAUAUGUAUGCAUAUACCUAAACAGUAUAUGUAUUCUGAUAAAAUGGAUGAUCACCUCUGAACGUAGCUCUUUGCCUUAUUUUGACAGGUAAACUUGCAGUUGAAAUGCCCUUCCAUUAUGAUUUCGCCCUACAAAUAUGACGACAUCUGGUAGAACACACGAGCAAUAAAAUAUUCAGCUGUAUUACCAUAAUUUUUGCUACAGCACUGCCCACCUUUAGAGUGUCCUCAUCAAAAUAUAUAUUAAAAAAAAAAAAGGUUAGUAUUCAUUCUCUUGCUAGGCCUGUUUACAAAUGGGAUGAGUUGGUCCUUAAUUCAGUGUUAUGAAUAUAGAUGUAUGUAAGAGGAAUAUAAUCAGAUGUGCAUCAGGCUUAUGAGUUUAUCCAAAGCACUGUCUUUUAAGCUCUCCUAACACAUGAACACUAUGGUCCAGUUUCUUUGAUGCAGUUUAAGCCACAUUGCAGAUGAUUAUCAGUGUAAAUUUCCUUCUCAAAGACUGGGCUUAAACUGUGAAAACUGACUCCUCAUGCCAGAAUGCAAACUUAACACUAUAUCUGAACUUCUCCUGUUUUCAUCAUGUUCAAAUGUGUUUUAUCAUUAUUAACUCUGUAGCUGUUUGGUGUAAAUAUAAGAACAAUAACUAGCCAAAUUCUGUUUGUGUAAAUUUGUGCCUUAUUUAAUAUAGUAUGUGCAACAGGGGAUGUGUGGGGGAAUGCAACGGGGAGAAGACAGAGAUGCUACCAUUAUCGUUUAAUUUGCAAUUUUUAAAAAGAAAAGAACUUUGAUGUCCAUGUGUGUCCUACAUAUAUAUAUGAAAAUAUAGAAUAUUGUAGAUUUAUAUUUCUAUUUAGACAUUUUUAAUAUUCCCUUACUGUGUGAAGCUAUUACUUUUGGCUCUACAGCUCCCUGGUUUUAUAGUUCUUCACCAGUUUGUUUGUCAUUUAGUUGUGUGUGCAUGUAAAGCAAUGCAUUGCACAAGAAAAAAAAAUAAUUGCAGGAAAGGUUGAUGUGAAGAUUUCAGAUUUAGUUUAAUCCAAAGGAGCAAAUUCUCUUUUAAUGAUCAUUGGAUUUAGCCAAAAUGAAAGUGUGUCCAAAAAAGUGAACUUUUCCAAAACUUAAUGCUCAAAACGAUAAAAGCAGCCGUUUGGGCUCUUACUGUGUGUGUGUGUGUGUGUGUGUGUGUGUGUGUGUUGGCUAGUGUUCAAACAUAUUUCUGUCUCAACUUUGCUCCACUGUUACACUGGCACACUGAACAAUUUUAUAUGGUUACCAACUUGAGGACGUUUUUCCCAAUCAAAAUGUCCCAGAGAACUCUUGAUGCUGGUCUGAAAUCAUUUUCCUAUGAACACUUGAAUUGAUUUCUGAAGCCAGUUGCCGCGGUAAAACAUACCACAGUAUGUUCCAUGUUACACCAAAUGCAAUGCCAUGUUUUAUAACCAGCUGAUGUAUAAUAUGCAACAUACAUACAAUAGCAGGAAAUGGUUACACAAAGACCUGUUAAGCAGUGGCUGUUUAUUGAAAUGGAGUUUGUCGUUUCAGUAACGUCUCUGAGUGAAUGGGAUAGGCCAUCUACUUGUAGUCAGAAUCAUUUUCUUGAAUUGCCAUUAUGAUUAUGAAGCAAAGGGAAUGAAUGAUGUGUCUGCUUUGUUUGCUUCAACCGUUGAGGGUUUUGUUAUUGCACAGUGUAAAUAAAGAGGAUGGACAGAUCCUGAAUGCAGAACUCUGUUCUUAUUACUGCAACAGGAAACGUUCCUCUGCCUCUUCUUUUAUUGAAGACCAUUGUAUUUUACUUAUAAUAGAAAUAAAUCUGAAGACCUGA